UUAAAUGUUUUGUAUCUGUAAGAGAAAGACAGAUUGCAAGCAAAAGUGCAUUGAGGUGCGCAAGCGCGUGCGAGUCAUACAUCGUAUUUUCCCGCGGAACUGGAAUGAUAAUGACUCAGUCAAUAUUGCGGCUACCGUCGCCAUUGCCCUGCGUCACAUCGAACAUGCUGCCACAUAUAUAGAAUUAAAUCUUCUAAUGGAACAAAAAUAAUCUUUAAUGUUAAUUUUAUGGAUAACAAAAACUCGAUUUGCCGAAACCAGCCGGUAAACGAGUCGCACCCACCGCUCCGCUGCGACUGCGAAGGCAAAAUCGCUUAUUCCGAUCACACUUUGAUCAACCUGUUUGUAAAUUACAAUGUGCCUGCAAAGAAAUCUGCACAGAAGACCUAAUCAAUAAAAGUGUCAAUGUAAACGAUUUGAGUAGUUGGCUCGUCUCAGUGUGUAGCAAAUUAAUGCAGUUUCCAUUGGGUCACUAUAGUGGAACGAGGUGUUGUACUAAAGAAAUAGACAUUAUAUGAGUGAGAUAAAAUCAUUACGAUGUUCAGGUGUUUAAUGCGUGUGACGUCGUUGUUAGCGGUGUUGUUUACCUGUGAUUGUCUUUAUCCAGGUGACAGCUGUGUAGCAGAUAAAAGACCUGGUACCUGCAAGCUGCUGGCGGAAUGUAAACCUCUCGUCACGGAAAUUGAGAAUGCUGGAUCUCCGAUGCCAUCUCGAGUCAGAAUGAAGUUGCAAGAACUCGCUUGCGGCUUUCAGUCAUUUGACCCUUUAGUAUGUUGUGCAGCCCCUUUUACGAACAACAAUCGGGACAUAGCUAACUAUCCCGACUCCACAUCUGGAACUCAUACUAUGGGAGUUGAUGGGUCUUUAGUUAACGACUGGUCUAAUUCAAAUACCCAAUCAGUAACACAAAAUCCCUGGAAUUCAAACCAAAAUAAACCAGUAACAAGAAAACCAAACCCAAGUAUCUCAACUCAUAUCAAUACCGGUUCCCUGCCUGAUAUACAAGGACAUAAGAAUCUAGCUCUUCUGCCUGGAAAAUGUGGACCAUUUUCUGACGACUUCAGGAUUUUGGGCGGCGAUAAGGCGGCACUUUAUGAAAUGCCAUGGAUGGUGCUAAUUGCUUAUGAUUCACCCCGUGGUUCAAGGUUGAGCUGUGGAGGCACUCUCAUCACGGAACGAUACGUUUUGACAGCAGCUCAUUGCGUUGCGUUCCUGGGAAACAGGCUAAAGUUGUCAGGUGUUGUACUGGGAGAAUACGACAUCACAAAAGAUCCGGAUUGCGAGAGAAUCGACGGAGAGUUGCACUGCGCACCAAACGUUCGGAAUGUCUCAAUAGAGAAAGUUAUUGCUCAUCCUGGUUACAGCCCCCAAAACUUGUACGAUGAUAUAGCCUUGAUUAGGCUAGCAGAACCGGCAGACUUUACGUUGGAGAACAUGAAACCAAUAUGUUUGCCGGACACACCAGAACUAAUAGCUAAUACUUUUGAAAAACAGAAGGGUACGGUAGCUGGAUGGGGAGCAACAGAGGAUGGUCUCCAGUCUUCAGUGUUGCUUAAAGUAGAGCUACCUAUUGUAUCUAAUAAGAAAUGUCAAGAUGCUUAUAAUGGGAACCCUAGAAUAUACGAUCGUCAAUUGUGCGCUGGUGGAGUGGAAGAUAAAGACUCCUGUGGCGGAGAUUCAGGAGGUCCUCUUACGGGCAUUGGCCACGUCAGGUCUGGCAAGAUAGGCAUUAUUCAGCAUGGUAUUGUCUCCUACGGCACCAAAAGAUGCGGUACCGGUGGAUACCCUGGGGUCUACACGAGAGUGUCACAUUUUAUGGACUGGAUUCUUGAUAAUAUUUCAGAAUAAAAGUAGUCGCAAAAAGGUGGCAAGAUUUACUUUGCUACGCUGAAUCAGCGGUAGCGGUAGCUAAAUCUGAAGUCAUUAGUCUGUGCUGACUGCAAAACUAGUCUAUCGAAAAUUAGUGCUAUAAAUGUGAUAUAAAAUAAUAAAUAGCGUUAUGUAAUAAUUUUAAAUGUAAUAUGUAAUGUUCCGCAUUGUAUACUUAAUUAGAUUUGUAAUAAAAAAAAAUAAUCCACAACAAUUUAAGUUAUUUUUUGCACU